AUUUUCUCAUCUCUCUCUCUUUACCUAAAAUUCGCUGUCUUUCAGACUUCUCUGCCUCCACACUUCCAAAAUCCAUCUCUUCUCACCAUGAGAGUGAGAGCCACACCAUUUUCCCCCUCCUCCUCCUCCUCCUCCUCUUCUUCUUUAUCUUUCUCUCUAAUUUGAUCAAUCUCAAUCUAACUCACAAAAUAGUAUUGAGAUCUAGCAUGCAUUGCCAUUCCUAUGGCUUCUCCUCAUCACCAUUCCCAUAGUUUCAUGUUCCAAUCCCGUCCCGCCCCCGAUCACCACGAAUACAUCCCAUCCGCUUCCUUCAACACCAUCCCUUCCUGCCCUCCUCACCUCUACUUUCACGAUGGGGUUGUUCCGGUGAUGAUGAAGAGAUCGAUGUCAUUUUCAGAAGUUGAGAAUGGGUGCGAGGAUGUGAACGGCGAUGAAGGGUUGUCAGACGACGGAUUGGCGUUGGGAGAGAAGAAGAAGAGACUGAAUUUAGAGCAAGUGAAAGCAUUGGAGAAGAGCUUUGAGGUAGGGAAUAAGCUUGAGCCAGAGAGGAAAAUGCAAUUAGCCAAAGCAUUGGGGUUGCAACCAAGACAAAUUGCUAUUUGGUUUCAGAAUAGAAGAGCCAGAUGGAAAACUAAGCAAUUGGAAAGAGAUUAUGAGGUGUUGAAGAAACAGUUUGAAGCUCUUAAAGCUGACAAUGAUGUACUUCAAGCUCAAAAUACCAAACUCCAUGCAGAGUUAUUAGCAUUGAAAACCAAAGACUCCGGCGAGACAGCGGGGGGCGGCGGUGCCACCAUGAACUUAAAGAAAGAAAACGAACGUUGUUGGAGCAGCGAUAACAGUUGUGACAUCAACCUCGACAUCUCGAACACACAAACACCAAUAGGUGGCAGUGGCGGAAGAGGAUGUUCUCAACCAGGAAUGAUCAAAGAUCUUUUCCCCUCUGCGGCGUUCCGAUCCGCCGCCAUAACGCAGCUGCUUCAACAUGGGUCAUCCCGAUCAACGGUGGAUCAGCAUCCUCAAGUGAUUCAAGAAGAGAGCUUCUCUCAAAUGUUCAAUGGCAUUGAAGAACAACAGCAAACUGCAGCAGCAGCUGGGUUCUGGCCAUGGAGUACUUCGGAUCAAAAUUCUCAUUUUCAUUGAAAACCCAUCACUACUACACAGUUUUUUUUUCCCCUCUUAUAAAUCAGCUAAAGUUUUAAAUGAAUUAGUUCAGUUGUAAUAUUGUUAUUGGGAAUUUGGGAUUAAUUUAUAAUGAUUGGAAUUAUAUAAUUAAAUUAAAUGAUACGCAUCUGUUUCGUUCGAUU